AUGGCGUUCCCGCCAAGGGCCUAUGACGACCGAUGCACUCGCUCUGAUGGCAGUUGCCCUUGCGGAAGCCAGCCCAGGAGGGGUCCCGGGGAGCCAGGUCCCAGCCCUGCUCCGAGCCGUCUCGGCGCUGGCUGGGCCCGCAGCUUCCUCGUCGACAUCACUCGUGCAGCGCCGGAGGUGGCGCCGUUCGGGGGCCUCGGAGUCUCUCCCUCAGCCUGGACGUGCUCCUGCCUCCUUGAGGCCACGGCAGCAGCAGGCAUUCCGACGUUCGCAGCGGUAGUCGUCGCGCCUUCCGCCGUUGGGGCGUCGCCUCGCACCCCAGUCGCAGCAGACACCGCCGCCGCCAGCACGGCCGGCGUCACCGGUGCCGUAUCGCCUCCUGCCCCGCCGCCCCCUCAAGCCGUGGUUCCUGGUCAGCCUCCAACUCUCGUCGAGCAGCGCGUGAUGCACGUGGGGACUUGCUUGACGCUCUUGUCGUACGUGCUAGACCAGCUUCACGUGACUCUGGUGCAGCAGGAGGUGCAGAUCGGGGCAAUGCAGCCGGCGGCAGUGGCGGCAGCGGAGGAGUUGCAGCAUUACCUCCCGCUGAUUGGCUUUGUGCCGGGCUCCCCCGGGGCUGCCCUCGGGCCCGGCCCUGGAGCUUUGGCACGGCUUGCCGAGUCUGCCCGGGAGGACCCUCUUGACCUUGUAGCCGCUGCCGCGUCCGUCCUACGCUGGUUGGACGGGCGGCUUUGCUGGAUCCUGGUUGAGUAG